AAACUGUGGCUGUUCACAGAAGUUGGCGUAUUGCAUUUGUAUCAAGUGUGGAGGAAUCUCCUAAAAGGGAACUCAACAUUUGGUGGCAGCGGUGGGAUUCCAACAUAUACGGAACUUCCAGACGGACUGAAUAAGUGAUCGCCUGUGUGACGGUGACGUGAGACGGAUGGGCCCACAAGGUUUCUCCAUUCACAGGUAAAGCACGCCUUCGGACCACCAUCACAAGCGACGGAUCAGAGCUCAGAUGACCAGAAUGAACUCCCCAGACUACAAACAGGAGACCUCGCGCUGAUCAAAGACUGGGAUCGCCCCAAGCUCGGAUCCAGGUGGAAAGGACCAUUCAAAAUACUUCUCCAGACUCCGACGGCGCUUCAAGUCAAAGGGCAGAAUCGCUGGAUCCACCUAAGUGACUGUAAACGAUGGGUUCCCUCACCAUCUUGAAAAUAAUCAUUGGACUAAGUAUUGUUCAUACUGUGAGUGGGUUGGAGGACAAUUUGUUUUAUAAGACACAUAUCCUACUGCAUGGUAAUCGAACAGUGUGUUAUCCGCUAGCACAAUCUGUAGAAGCCUUGUUUGUAGCAACCCCAGGAUGGAACCCUCACCAACUCUAUGAAGUGGAUUAUUCUGGUGAGCCUUGCCAAGGGAAGAGAGGAACCUGGAGCAGGGGUGUGCAGGCUAAAUGUGUAGAAUUGAUAAGUAACGGCCCCUCCAAUUGUACAGGCACUAAACCUCAGUCUGGGAAGGAAGAGGCCAACUGUACGGAUCCUAACAGCUAUCCGCUUUGUUUUAAUGGUACUGGAAGUUGUUGUGUAUAUGCCUUAGUAAACAUCACCGACCAUCCCCAUGAUGCUUCCUGGCCCCAUCAGUGUGUAAAACGGACUUGUACAACUAAAGGAGGGCUAUUGAGCUGCCCCUGUUUGGAAUCAAAACCGGUAAACAUGACUUCAGGCAUACAUUGGACUUGUGGGAGUUGUAAUGGCACCCAUGUCGAAACGGUGUAUGGGACGUUUCUGUUUCACUCCUCAGACUUCCAACCAUUUAAGGGUCAAUCCUCCUGGAAUAGUAACAAGAUAGUCCGUGAGUCCGUUACCUGCUACCGUGCUAAGAAGGGAUUCGUUUUCCUUCUCAAUGGGACCUUUUCUACUGCUACUCCAACUUUGCCGGUGCUAUUUGCUGUUGGGACCGUUGGGCCUCUCAUGGUUCCUUGUCCCCAACGAGCAUAUACUCAACGACGAAUUGUCACACGCUUCAUAAGCAAGGAGUUUUGCGCUGACUGGCAGGAUCCAGUAACCCUGCGCUCUUCCUUGGGACAUGGCUUCCUGGGAACUGUCACUUUGGGAGGCUCCUCGGGGGUGGUGUCCGCUAAAAACUUUAACUACCUUAUAUGUGGACUCACCGCCCUGGCAAAUAGCACAAUGUGGGCAUUGGAAGCAGUAAAUCAAAAAUUAGCUGAACUUCAGCUCUAUGCUCAGCGAACCCGGUAUGCAGUGGACUAUCAGCUGGCUGAACAAGGGGGAGUUUGUACAAUAGUAGGAGACAAAUGCAUCACCCAUGUUACGGACGAAUCAUACAACAUAACCCACGCCAUCCAGUCUAUUAAGAAACAAUUGGAAGAUGUCAGACAAGGUCCUAAGAAAGGAGAUGACUGGCUAUGGUGGCUACUGGGAGGAUCCUGGGGAUCCUAUCUACUGCAUGGGCUAGUAAUUUUUGUUGUUAUAAUCAUUGUAUGUUGUGUGUUUAUAACUUGCUUAAAUACUGGCUGUAAGAUUCUUACGAAUAAGCUGGCAGCGCCUUUCUCAGCCCCCAUUUAGUUGGUUAUCAUGGAAUGAUAAAAGGAGGGAAUGAAAUGUUAAAGGGUUAAUAUCUGUUCUGCUGACAUGUAAGAAAUUAGUUGCUUUGUGGGCGCCCCUGCCUCGCAGACAAAAUGCGGUAAUCUAAUUAUACUCUGCUCUCUGUAAAUGUUGAAUUAAGGCUAAAAGGAUACGGAACUAUCUAGUCUUACACAUUGUUUUUGGGCAGCUGACCUUUGUUUUACUGUUAGAUGAUUAAGUUACGUACUAUCACUGUUGCUAGGCAUGUGACUAUGGGGGAGUAAAAAAUUGUAUCUUGCAUACAUGACUGUGAUGUAAAAUCCUAUAUAAAGGGAGGACGGUUCCCUUAUUAGAGAGCAUUGCUUGACAAGGCUCCGCAAGCCCUGCGAAGAUUGUUAAGUGAUCCUCCAAAGCUUGUACUUGCUUAAAUAAACUGUGGCUAUUCACAGAA